CUGCCUCUAAAGGAAUUUGUUACCAGCACUCUUCUUAUCAAGCGAUUUACACCAGUACCUGAAGGCAACACUGCCCCUAGCAACCACCGCAGGGAUUCAGUGUACCUUAGCAACCAUGGACGGUCAGCCUUCAUUGACGGAGGAAAAGGGAAAAGAGGUCACACAAGAAGAAAAAGAAAUCCUCUACAAGCAAGUAGAAGAACUAAAACGCUCCAAUGCAGCUCUCUUGGCAGAGAUCGAUAUGUUUGAACGGUUCAUCGGCCGCCUGGAUCCUCAGGACCUGGUGGCUCGGGGAGACAGUCCAGGUGAAGCAAGAGCCUCCCAGGAGGGUGAGGGUCGUGGUCGGAGGCGGAGGUCCCGCUCCAACACAUCAGAUCGCCUCCAGGAGCUGACCUUGGGACAAAAACUUUAUGUCGCACGGAGUGAAGAAGCAGAGACGCGAAAUGACCUGGAAAAACUCAAACAGAGACAUGAGAGGAUUCAGGACAACUACAAGGCCACCCUGGAAGGAGCAGAAAUGCGUCUUGCAGACAUCUGGAAGGCUAAGAAGGAAUUUGAACGCAGAGUGCUUAAACCUAUGAAGGACAACAGGUUGGAAAUGAGGGAGCCCGAGAAGGUGCUCCAGUACAUCAAAGACAAGUCAAUGGUCACCCAAGUGGAGAAGUUCAGCCUGAACAACCGCGCAUUGAAGGCUCACAUGAAGAAGCUCCAGCAGCAGAUUCAACAGAAAAAAGAGACGGGGAAAGCUGUGUACGAGGAUGUUUUCCAAGAGCACACUGAGCAGAAUAUUGAACAAAACCUGGACGAACUUCAAGUUCACAAUUUGAAAGUACAACAUGUCCUCAGUUCACACAAGGAGAAGCUGCAGAGUGUAACACGGGAGUCCAUAGAGCUGAGCAAUGACAUCACCAGCAGGAAGCAGAUGCUGGCAAAAAUUGAGGAGGAGAUGCAGCGUGCUGAGGAGGAGCGUUUAAAGGCAGAGGCCCUCAACCAACAGCUGCGCCGCCAGAUGACCAACUAUCAGGCUCCUGAUAUCCCUGAGUACAUGCAAGUCAAGGAGAAACACAAGCAGCUACAGCAGAGCAUUCACACUUGGGAGAGGAAGGUUGGGAUUGCUGAGAUGGCCUUGAGGACCCACACUAAAGCCCGGAGCACACAGAGAGCCACUCUUACUCCUGCACAUACAGCCGAGGCUGGAGCUCGAUCUGGGGAGCACCAGAUCCCAGUAAAGCUUCCAUACAUAGCAGAACACAGCACAUAGAGAAAUACAGAAACAGAAAGCCUGCUGGAUUCAUUGAAAUAAAAACACCAAUGUGUGGUGGAGAGGAAACUUUGUUGCUGUUGCAAAGGCCCUGUUCCACAACAGGCAUCCAACACGUAAUGAUUUGUCAUGAUUAGUCAGUGUUCUUGUAAUGCGUGUUGGAAAAUGUUCUCUUGAAGCUUUAACCCUUAUCAUGUCUUAGUUUUUUCACUCACUCUGUGUGUCCUUGGGAGAUGUUACCAUGCAGCAUUAUGGAGAGUGAACUGUACAGAAGAAACUGUGCUCCAUUAAGCCCUGUUCCCUUAAAGUUACAGUUGGUAACGUUUUCAUAUGCCAAAACUGUCAUAUUCACACAAUAUUAUAUGAGACAGAUAGUCUGUGAAAGAAACCAUGUUCCUCCACCUAUUGCCUCUGAUGGCAUUUACCAGAAUGUACCGCAUGCUCACAGAAAACAACCACACAGAGACGAGGAGUUUCUAACGCAGCUGUCAAUCACGUCAAUCACAGCUGGUGAACUGGGUUCAAAUGUCAAACUAGGCAGUGAGAAAGCUUGUGAUGCAACCAACAUGCUGGAGACAGUUGACCAGAGCACCAAGCACUGCCCACGAGCUGGAGCGACUUUCUCAUUUUACAGCUAAACAGUACACUAAAAUAUGUUUCUGAAAACAUUUUAAUAGAGAAAUAGGCAAUGCAGCAACAGAAUCUUAAUUCAUAUUUGAUCAGUGCUGCCUAGUUUGACAUUUGACUGCAGGUCAUGAGCUGUGAUUGACGUGAUUGACAGCUGUGUUGGAGACUCCUCAGCUCUGAUUGGUUGUUUUCAUUAAAUGCAGUAAGGCCAUUGGAAACAAACCAAGAGGGCAGGGGAACAUGACGUUUGUCACAGAUCAUCUGUCUCACAUACUUCUGUAUAAAUAUAAGGACAGUUUUAACAAAUGUAAUAGCUAUUUUUAUAUGUCACCAACUACAGCUUGAUGCAUUAUAAAAACUUAUACUGAAUAACAGAAACAUCUCUAUUCCCUAUACCAUUACUGCGCCACAUUAUGUUGUACAGAAUCCAGUGUUAUUACAUAAUUUAUCCUCUCUCCAUGCUGGCUACUUUAACAGCUCCUAGACUUAACAGGAAAUCUUGAGGCUUUCACUUGUGUUGUCUGUGCUCUGGGGUCCUCCAAGUGUCACUGAGUGGAAACAUUCACCUGUCUUACACCUUAAAAUUAGUAACCUCAAUACCAUCAUUAUAUUUAUUGUCAUAUUUUCAACUGU